ACGAGUUCAGUUGGGUUGUUUUGUCUGGGACUCCUUCCACCCAACAAAUCCCAAAGAAAGGACUUUUUACCUUUUCUGCCCACGGGGGAAUCAUGGCUCGGGCCCCCGGCUAUCGAUGGCCUCUCCUGGGGCUGCUUCUGCACUUUGUCCUUCUUUGCUCGGCUCAACGGAGCCAAGGACCUCCAGGACCUGCAGGUGUACCAGGAAUUGAUGGCAUUGCUGGGGAAAGAGGAUCAGACGGCCCUGAUGGUCCAGCUGGACCCGAUGGGGAGCCUGGUAAAGCUGGCUCUUCGGGAUUACCGGGGAUACCUGGAAAUGAUGGUUUGACCGGCCCAAUUGGAGUACCCGGGCCUGACGGUCCCCCUGGACAGAAAGGGGAACCUGGAACAAUCGGACCCCGUGGAGCUGCUGGUGUCGGGCCUGAUGGACCCCCUGGGCCCCCGGGGCCGGGAGGACUUCCGGGUGAAGUUGGAAAAACAGGGCCACCUGGGCCGAUGGGUGUGAGAGGACCCCAAGGACCCCGUGGACCGACGGGGCCCAGAGGGGCAGCCGGGAUGCUAGGAAGUGCCGACCUGUGUCCCAAUUCUUGUCCUCCUGGAACAUCUGGACAUCCUGGUCUUCCUGGCAUGAAGGGCCACAAAGGGGUCAAAGGUGAAGCAGGGGAACCUGGCAAGCAAGGGCACAAGGGGGAGGAAGGAGACCAAGGAGGUCCAGGGGAGGUCGGCUCUCAAGGACCAACGGGUGGCCAGGGGAUCCGUGGGGCCACGGGGAUGAUGGGCCCUAAGGGAGACAUGGGGGCUCGUGGUCCUGAUGGAGAUCCAGGUCCUCAGGGUGUUCCCGGGGCAACAGGUGAUCAGGGUCAGCGUGGUGUGAUGGGUGAGCCCGGACCAAAAGGCGAGCAGGGAGCCCAAGGUUCAAGAGGGAUCACAGGUCUUCCAGGUCCCAAGGGAGAUGCUGGCUUACCGGGUGUGGACGGCCGUGAGGGAAUCCCUGGCAUGCCGGGAGCAAAGGGAGACGUUGGAAAACCUGGACUUGCUGGAGAGGUUGGCCUUCAGGGACAUCCUGGUCUGCCUGGUUCUCCUGGACCAAAAGGACAGAGCGGCAUAAAGGGUGAUGCUGGUCAAACAGGCUUCCCUGGAACGAUGGGUUCAGCUGGAAAAAUGGGCGAGCGUGGGGAACAAGGUGAGGUUGGACCAGUUGGACCCAUCGGUGAACCUGGAGAAAUAGGAGAACAAGGCCUUGUGGGUCCACUCGGCAAGGCGGGUGCCAGGGGACCCAAAGGUGACCCCGGUCUUCCUGGUCUUCCAGGCCCUCCAGGCGUUCCUGGAAUUAAAGGAGAGAGGGGUGAGCGUGGAGAAGGAGGCCCCAAGGGAGAGCAGGGUCUGCAAGGUGAUGAAGGCAACCCUGGAGAGAAAGGAGACAAUGGCCAACCUGGAGAAUCUGGAGCAAAGGGCGAGACCGGCAACCCUGGAGAGCCUGGCAGAAGAGGUUCAGAAGGAGGUCGAGGCCAGCCCGGCGUUGAGGGGCCUCCUGGAACACCUGGACCACGAGGCAUGCAGGGGAACCGAGGUCCACCUGGGGUCAGAGGAACACAAGGUCCAGCGGGUAAAGAGCCAAGCGACCAGCACAUCAAGCAGGUGUGCAUGCGAGUCAUGCAAGAACAAUUGGCCCAGUUAGCAGCGAGUUUGAGAAGACCCGAGUCAGGUGUGGUUGGUUUACCUGGCAAACCCGGUCCUCCGGGACCUCCUGGGGCUCCGGGAGACAACGGUUUCCCAGGACAGGCAGGAACAAGAGGACUUCCUGGACUUAAAGGACCACCGGGGCCUAUUGGAGUAAAAGGACCCAAAGGUGAAAUGGGUGACAGAGGCUCCCGGGGGCCGACUGUGCGAGGAGCCAAAGGUCAGCAAGGACCUCCAGGACUUCCUGGUGAAGCGGGCAAACCUGGUUACGGUCAGGACGGUCGUGACGGCCAGAGAGGACCUCCCGGACUUCCUGGACAGCCCGGUGUACCCGGGCCUCCUGGUGCAGCCGGUCCUAACGGUUACUGCGACCCAUCCUCGUGCAACCUGUCGGCGGGCCAGCAGUCUGUGGACGUGAAGGGACCUGCCAGGAACUAAAAGCCACUCUGGAAGCGACAGAGGGACUAUUGGAUCGGAACAUUUUUCAUCUCAGGGGGCUGUGGUUGGCGGCACCGGGCCUCCAUUGACCUUCUAGUCUUGUCUUCAGAAGCUCCACCACGAGGAGUCUGCCUCCAUUAAAAAAAAACAUCAUUUUUUGGUAUUCUUCUUCGACCUGAGACAUGUUUUCAUAUUCCCAGGAAAAUGUUUAUCAGAUGGAAUAUUGAAACAUUCACAAAGCCUCUAAUUUUCAAUAUGUCCAAAUAACCCCCAUCCCAAACAAACGGGAAUUUAGCAUAUGUGCCUUUUUGGAACUAUUUUGUACUUUAUGUGAUUGUACGUCAAACUGCAACUGGACUCACUUCGGACCAUCUUUGCAGUUGGAGAUCAAAAGUCACACUGACUUUAGUGUUUGAGUGUAAAUCUGUAAAAAAUGUUUGACUUGUGGUUAAUUAUAUUUCCUACAAAACAACCUGAUGUGGUUUUUGGCCUCACUGUACGGGAUGACAGCAGUACAGUUGAGGGAAAAGCUCAUUCGUGUAACAAAUAAAAAAAUACACACAACAAUGUGUUUAUUUAUUCUGCAUGAUUAUUACAAAAAACUGUAAAUUGGAGUACAAAGAGUACAUACCGUGUAUAAAUGAAUAAACCCAUACAUGACUUGAAAGCCAUUUAAUU